AUGUUUAAAAACUAUUCAGAUCCAAUGUCAAAAGGCGAGGAAAAGCACAAGACCGAAAUAGAACUGUGUGAAAUGGCAGAUCAUGUUGUUGGGGUUGGCCGUAGCGAGGCCUUUCGCUCGUAUCUUCGCAGCUGCCGAAAAGAUGACAAUGUCCUUGACUUAACUCCAGGAUUAUUUGUAGAAUUUGCGGCUGUGAAGCAAGCUCUGAGCGAAAGGCAACAACACAGUGUCUUGGUGUUUGGUCGUGGAGACGUAGAGGAUUUCGAAUUGAAAGGAUUUGACAUCGCUGGGAAAGCGGUUGCUGAGUUAGAAGAUACUCGUCUUGUCUUUGUUGGGGCUCCAGAUGGAAAACACGAAGAAAUAUCAAAACGGUUUACCGAAUGUGGUGUUCCUCCAAGUCGCUUGAGAGUAAGAGGAUUUGUUCAAGAUCGAGAGAGUCUAAGGCGCUUGUUUCAAGAAGUGGAUCUUGUUGUCAUGCCUUCAAGAACAGAGGGCUUUGGAUUGACAGGACUGGAGGCCUUGUCAGCUGGUCUCCCUGUUCUCGUCAGCGGCAACUCCGGUUUUGGAGAAGCUUUACAAUGUGUACCACAUGGUUCAUCCUUUGUAGUAGAGUCAGAGGACCCCAUCGUUUGGACCGCAUGCAUUGAGAAAGUAUGGGCUAAGGAAGACUUGAGGACUUGA